AUGUUCAUAAAAAAUCCCUGCGGCAUUGUGUACAUCAUAGUCACGUAUGCUGCUGUCUUUUAUGCCGAUUAUGCCGUUGUACGUUGGGUUAUCCUGUAUAGUUUACAAGACAGUUUGUGGGGUCCUUUUCAUGUAGUGGCUUUCAACACUGUUGUAUUAUUAUUGAUAAUGUCACAUUUGAAGGCAGUCUGCAGUGAUCCUGGUGUUGUGCCACUACCGCAAAGUCGUAUGGACUUUUCUGACAUUCAUACAGAUAAUCCAGAGACAAAGAUUGAAUGUGACGAAAGAGACAAUUGGACUGUAUGCACAAGGUGCGAAACUUACAGACCUCCAAAAGCUCAUCAUUGUAGAAUUUGUAAAAGAUGUGUUAGAAGAAUGGAUCACCAUUGUCCCUGGAUAAACAACUGUGUGGGAGAAAGUAAUCAAAAGUACUUUAUCCAAUUUCUGGUCUAUGUGGGAAUGUUGGCCGUCUAUGCUCUAGGCUUGGUAAUAACAUCAUGGGUUUUAGAUUGUUCUCUUUGCAGUAACGAUAAAGCUGUCAAACAAACUCGCACCUUUCACUGUGUUGUAUUGGUGUUGGAAUCAGCAUUGUUUGGUAUGUUUGUCAUCGCAGUACUGGUAGAACAAUUUCUGGGUAUUCUCAGUGAAGAGAACCCAAUGGAACAUGUGCAAAGUAAUCAUCAUUAUAAGAGAAACAGUUCACGUACGUUCGUGUUACUUUCUCAGGUUUGUGGGAAGAGUCAUCCAAUCUUGUGGAUGCUUCCUUGCCAAAACCCACCAAAAUAUACUUUCCGAAAAGAUGCGUACCUGAUCGAUCAUGAAGUUUGA